UUUUUAACUUCAUCCGCUGGUUUGAUUGGUAAUACAUUAUACACCUUCGAGCUUAAUUAGAUCGAUUUGUCAUUGAAUAUUGAAGAAGAAGAAGAAGAAGGAAGGAGACGACAUGUCGCGAGAAAGAUCGAGAAGAGCCAAUCUGCCUCCUGUUCAAGAGAACAUUGAGAAGUUGGAGAAAGUCAUAAAUGAGGGUAACUGCUAUGGAGCACAACAGAUGUACAAAUCAAUCAGUGCGCGAUAUUCAUCUGCUCAGAGAUGUUCUGAAGCUUUGGAUCUACUUCAUUCAGGUGCAUGCCUCCAACUUGAACAUGGACAGGUAACUUGCGGAUCAGAGCUUGCUGUAUUGUUUGUGGAGACACUUGUUAAGGGAAAAGUUCCUUAUGAUGAUGAUACACUUGAUCGCGUCAGGAAAAUCUACAAGAUGUUUCCUCAAAUUCCUCUGCCACAACACUUGGGGGACUUGGGGGAUGAUGAUGAUGUGCAGCAACUCACUGAAGCCAUUGGUGCAGCAAAAACACGAGUAGAAUGCUGCUCCUCUUUCUUAAAAGCUGCUAUUAGGUGGUCUGCAGAGUUUGGAGCUCAUAAGAAUGGAUCCCCACAACUGCAUGCUAUGCUAGCUGAAUAUCUAUUUUCUGAAUCUCCCGAGUUGGACAUGGCUAGAAUAUCAUAUCAUUUUGUUCGAGGCGAUGACCCCAAGAAGUUUGCGUCUACUAUAGUCAAUUUUAUGGGCAAGUGUUAUCCUGGUGAAGAUGAUCUGGCUAUUGCACGGGCAGUUUUACUGUAUUUGGCUAUGGGUAAUCUGAGAGAUGCUAAUUGUUUGUUGGAUGAGAUAAAGAAACAAGUGGAAUCUAAGAAGAUUGAGCUUCCGAAAUCGGAUUUGAUGCGAUAUAUCAACUAUCUUUUGCCAACGAUGCAGAGAGAUUCUUUGCCUCUUUUUAAUAUGUUGAGAGUGAGUUACAAGUCAAGUAUAGACAAGGAACCUGUAUUUAAUGAGUUGCUUGAUGAAACUGCAGAAAAGUUCUAUGGAGUAAAACGUAGAAAUCCCCUGCAAGGGAUGUUGGGUGAUAUUUUCAAGAUGAUGUAAUCACACCAAUAUGAAGAGAGUUUCAAUCUCUUGGGACCUUUGACAGUUCCUCCAGCUAUUCAAUUUUUGAUGUUUAUUUAAAUGGAGUAAUUCAACAAUAGUUUGAACUGUUCCUGAUAGUUGUAUUAUCAUUGUUUUUUUGAACUACAUGAUAUUUCUCUUGUAAUUGAACAACAGUUUUAUGCCUGCCCCUACAUAAUUUCCCUGUUCUGAUUUUGCUAUUUGUAAACUUGAAUUGGGUGAUUCUUUCA